AAUAUAAUUCAGACCAAAACGGCCAAAACCCACUUUCAUAUUUUGCGAGAUAAACAAUCUGUGGCAUCCAUCACACACGUAAAUACUCCCAAAACCCAGAAUUGUUUGGAUUCAAAAUUCAAUACAAUAGUGUGUGUCAUGGAGUUUGAGCGUUAUAACUAGCUCAACCUCACCCUCCAAGAUUUCCCAUUUCUUUCCAGACUACUAUUCUCAGGUACAAUUCCUUGAUUGCUAAGCAAAAAAGGAGCCAAAUUUGCUGGAUUUCCUAAAACCCUUUUGCUAAAUUUAGCUAAAGGGGAAGAUGGAGAUUGACAAAGCAAUCAGGGAGUGUGAUGAUCGAAGGCUUAAGACCAAGUACAACAACGCUAUCUAUGUUAUCCAGAGAGCUCUUGCGCUCUACUCAAUUGAAGAGGUCGCGUUCAGCUUCAAUGGGGGAAAGGAUUCAACUGUUUUGCUGCAUCUACUUAGGGCUGGCUACUUUUUGCAUAAAGGGGAACAGAGCUGUAUAAAUGGGGGUGUAAAAGAUUUUCCAAUGCGAACAAUAUAUUUCGAGUGCCCAUCUGCUUUCCCUGAAAUCAACUCGUUUACUUAUGAUGCAGCCAAUACGUAUGGUUUGCAACUGGAUAUCAUACGCUCAGAUUUCAAGUCUGGUUUGGAGGCUUUACUAAAGGCCAAACCAAUCAGAGCAAUUUUUCUCGGUGUCCGAAUGGGUGAUCCUACUGCGGUAGGGCAAGAACAGUUCUCUCCUAGUUCACCUGGAUGGCCACCUUUCAUGAGGGUAAACCCUAUCUUGGAUUGGUCAUACAGAGAUGUGUGGGCCUUUCUCUUAACUUCCAAGGUUCAGUACUGCAGUCUUUAUGACCAAGGUUAUACUUCAAUUGGAAGCAUAUACGACACAGUUCCAAAUUCAUUAUUGAGCAUGAACAAUUCCUCCAGCAGCAAAGAAGUAUUUAGACCCGCUUAUUUGCUCUCUGAUGGAAGGUUAGAGAGAGCGGGGAGAGUUAAAAAACUUCCUCCUUCAGUUGGUGUAAAGAAGCCUGUUGUUGCCAAUGGCCUUAACAGCAUGGACUUACCCAAGAGUAGCUUACUCAUGGCGUCAGCCAUAGCUGCAGGGGAUGAGAUUCUGCUUGGCACUGCUGAGGAUCAAUUAGGGCAUUCACUGUGUAGAAAGCUCCAUUCCAUUGGUUGGUCAGUAUCACAAACAACCGUUGUACGAAAUGAUAUAGAUUCUGUGGCUGAAGAAGUUGAGCGACGACAAUCAACUAAUGAUAUGGUAUUUAUAUAUGGAGGGGUAGGCCCACUCCAUUCAGAUGUUACUUUGGCAGGUGUUGCAAAGGCUUUUGGGGUUCGUCUGGCUCCUGAUGAAGAAUUUGAAGAAUAUCUGAGGCAUCUUAUAGGUGAUCAAUGCACUGGUGACCGGAAUGAGAUGGCUCUGUUGCCCGAGGGUAUUACUGAAUUGUUGCAUCAUGAAAAGUUGAUUGUCCCUUUGAUCAAGUGUAAAAAUGUAAUAAUUCUUACAGCAACAAACGUCCUGGAGCUAGACGAUGAGUGGAACUGUCUAAUUGAACUAAUGAGGUCCAGUGGCGAGUUAGUAAUGACACAACCAUUUGUAUCCAAGUGCUUGACAACAACUCUUGCAGAUUUAGAAGUUGCUCAACCUGUUUCAAAACUUUGCCUUGAAUUUCCUGACAUCUACAUUGGAUGCUAUCGAAAAUCAAGACGCGAGCCUCUUAGAAUUUACUUGGAGGGCAAGGACCAAGAUCGAAUUGAAUCAGCCAAAGAAGCAUUGUGCAAGAAGUUCCAUCCAGGGGCAUUCUCUGAAAUCAAUUUGAGUUGAUGGUGGUGAUUCUUCAAGUAUUGUCGUCUGAUGCUUCUGAAUGCCCGAGUUACUGGCCUGUUUAUAUGCCGAUGAUUGACGGAACAAGAAGAAUCCUCUCCGUGUAUUUGGGUGGAACAAGGAGAUCAUUGCAAUUGGAAGGGAAGAGAAAGAUCAAGAGAAAAACACAGUACAAGACUAUGGACGCUGAUAACUGGGCAAAAGCCCCUAUAAAUUGAGGAAAAUGUUGACAAUCUUGUUAUUGUGAACAAAAUAGUCCUUUAGAAACUGACUUUCUAUUAGUCGAAAUCUCGGUGUUCUCUGAAACUACAAUGCUACUGAAGGUGAACAACUGGAUGCUUUUUUCUACUCUUGAUAAAUUUGUCAUCUCUAUCUAUUCAA